AUGGGCUUGGAUGACCUGAGCGAUGCACAGCAGAAGCUGUUGCAUCCGCUGAUGCGGCUCAAGCGUAAGACUUCUCAAGAAGCGAUUGGGAGUUUGGUAGAAUUUGUGGGCGAUAUCUCGCGGGUUUACCAUGAUUUUGCCGUGGGACUUCAACAGCUGGAAACAAAGGCUGAAGCGUGUUCCUUUCUUACUGGGCUAUCAAAUGCUGAUUCACUAGAAGCAUUACGAGUUAUUCGUGACGAUGUAACAGCUAAUGAUGACUCUGUAGUGGCAGUUACAAAAGAGCAACAGGGUAUGACGGCAAUUUGGAUGUCACUUUUCACCAUGUUGUCCAGAACAAGGAAAGAAACGACAGAUUUUAUAUCAACACUUGGCCAUAGUAUUGCGGAUCCACUGAGCGCCUUCUGCGAUGAGUUUAAUGACGGGUUUUACGAACCCGUUGAUCAACUUGAGAUGAAUGAUGUUCUCAACUUUAUUCCGAAUUUGAAAACUUUGAAGCAAAUGCCUGGUUUCCAUCACUGCGGAGCACGCAAAUAUGUUGAAAACGUAUUAAAGGCAUAUAAGGAUCUACAGAACGCGCUGGAGAAUGAGAAAGAGCUGGUUGGCGAUGCGGCUGGUAUCAACCGCGGCAAGUCUCAAGCUAAAGCUGUGAACAAAACAGUAAAAGCCAAGAUAUCACUGGGCAAACAUAUCCAGCACCUUUUCGAUCAGGCACCGGAGAUGAAAAUUCUUAUAACGAAAGGAGUGUCCCAUGAUACCAUUGAACAGCUGGCUAACUCAAAGCUGAAAAAGUCACCUGUACUAACUGAAAAGGCUCCAACUGAUCCGUUGGAUUUCCAUACCCGUUUUUGUGCUAUGGAGAAACGGAGACUUUCAAUGUUUUCGUCGUUUUUCCAGAUUUUGGUUGAAUCACUAGUGAACUACGAGCGCAACUCGUACCAAAACCUACGUGACUUAUACCAGGCUGUCGUCGCAUUUUCACCGGAAUCGGACUAUGUCCAUUUUGAAAGUCUCAUAUUAGGGGCACAAUUAUGCCACAUAGCAACACAUUAUCGCAUGCCAGAAGAUAUUUGGAUCCCUAGAAAUCUCGCGCAACUCGAACCCUUCACUAAUGUCAACCAAGACAGCCCCUGUUUGGCAGUGAAACAAGCAAAAGGCAUUGAGGACGGUGAUUCGGAAACUGCUACAGUCAUUGGGGAUGAAGCUAUAACAGUUGAAGAUUUGGCUGAACUAGAUAGGAACGUCAUUGAAACCACCAAAGAGUUGACUAUCGAAAAAGUAGGCAGCGCUCGAUCGAUUACUGCUGUAAUACGCCGUAUAAGUUCGGCAGUCUCGGAAAUGUUGAGUGGUGCAAGCACACCCAGUAUCGCGGAGAACGCAAGCGUGUCAUCUCACGGAAAUUUUGAUGAUGUGGAACAACUGAGUGCCCGUACAGACGAGAGUAAUGAUAAUAGUGCGUUGACAUGUACUAAAACAGGACUUGAAAUAACAAAUGAUAUGCGUGAUCUUGGCUCUGUGGAUGCUCAAAUCAAGUUAUCUGUUUCAGACAUGCAAUGUUCAGUCCUUAAGCCACCCGUGUACUCGCCAACCACCGAUGAAUUCCCUUCCGUUGCGGACGCCGUGUUGAGGAAGGAUGCUGAAACGACGAACGCUGUAGGAGGAGGGGCACGGUUGCGUGCAAGCUCCAUUUCUAAACUAAUUGAGAAGGACUCUGAUAACAAGCAUGUUUCACUUUUGCGACGCGGUAUGUUUACUUUCAGCAGACACAGCCGACCUGCAAUUCGUCGUAGUAGCAGUGCGUUGCCUUGUGACAUACGCAAUCUGUCUAUCCCGUUAUUUACGAACAAGAAUGGUAAAAAAAAUGAUCGAAUGUUUGACAAUAAACACAACAAAAAGGAAACGUCUAACAAUGGACAGGCGGCACGCGAUAGAAAGCGUGCUACGAAAGGUGAUAAAACACCGAUUGCAUACAUAUUACAUGACGUGAAAUGUGACAGUACCCAUUUCGCAGACAACCCAGAUAAACCGUUUAAUGAUACAAUAACAUUCGAUUUCGAGACCUUCAAGACUGCUAAGGAAAUACUCCAGAAAACACUUGAAAGAUCCGACCGGUUUUUCAUUGGUUUACAUCGUCAUUGCGGUUUAGACAUAAAUCAACCUUUCGAUUUUCUUGUCGACGAUUUGAACAAAUUUUAUGACGCAGGAGAUCAUUCUGAAUAUCCAUUUGAGAUGUUAACUUCCCAAUGUGCAGCUGCGACUUGCAACAAGACGUCAGAUACGUUAGAUAAUGCAGAUAUGGGUAUGAGACGUUCUUCCCCUGAAGUGCCGUCUGGUGAAACCAGAAGCAACGAUUUCAACUGCAAUUUGCGCCGUGUUUUACGCUUGGCAUACGAUUUUGAUGAUGGAUGUAUGGAUAUGCGCCAGUGGAACUUAUUGUCAUUGGAAUCACUGGUGCUGUUGCACAAAUAUUUAUCCAAUUUCCUAACCCAUCCAUGCCUAUCGAAUAAUUCCGAUAACACUCUCAAAGAAUUUCUGCUCACUAACCUGGGGAUAAUGGAAAAUAUAGUCGCCCGUAUUCGUAACUUCAUAGAUAUUUUACGGAAGCGCAUAGAUGUCACCAAGCAAGAGUACGCCGUUUUAGAUGUUCUACUCACACCUCGUGAUUCAUUCGUCAAUGAAAGCCCACACAUAAGGAUUCAUCCUAUGGAUGUUCGGUACCGGAUGCUCUUACUAAUUGACUCCUUGCGAAAGAACGACGUGCCUUUGGCAGAUGAAUUCCUUUUCGAUUUACCGGAAUUCAAACAAUUCUUGAACAGACAAAUAUCUCUGAUCAAACUUUCCAUGAUGCAAAAAUUGGCAAGGGUUAUUCGAAGGAUACCUACUCUUGACAGCGCUUUGACCUCACGUUGGACAGAUGCUUUAAAGUCAGAGGAUCCUAUGAAGGUACUCACCAUGAAGUUUACCUUUGAAAGUGAUGCCAAGGUCGAACUCAUAGCGAAUAAGAUCCUUUUCUUGCUGUGUGAAUGUAUCGGUCGCCUAAAUGGAUUACAAAGAGUUGUUGAAAAGGGGCAAUGGGGAGAAGAAUCAGUUUGUGAUUCAAAUUACAUGACAAUACAAGAUCAGCUUUUACACCUUUUAAACACGACGACUCAAUUAGAGGAUCUUGAUAAUGACUUGAUGGGUUUACUUGGUGUAGAACCUAAACAGUUGGAAUCCACGGAGGCACUCAACAAGACUAAAUCCAACUCAAGCGUUGUGUACCCCUUUAAAACUCCGCAAGAAGGCACUGGAUUUAGAAAUCCGUUCAACUCACGUUUGACCGGAAGGAAGGCCUCGUUCACCCAAAACGAUAAAUCUGCUUCACGUAAUGUCACCAAUAUACCGAUUUCUGACGCCGAUGCGCAUUUUUGCACUCCUAUGUCGAUUUUUGAUGAUGAAGAUAUUUCUGUUCUAAAAAGAGUUAAUGGGAGAAGGGGAUGCUUCAAUAAGUGCAUGUCUAGACGAAAUCGGCGACACCUUGAUACACAGCACAGCUUUGUCAACCCGUAUUUCAUAGAGCCCUUAGAAGAAACUAAACUUUCGAGAUGCUGGAAAUUAGAAGAUUCGGUGAUCAUGCGUCUUGCAGCCUGCUAUCAUAACUUACUUGCGGAACCAUUGCGUUUGGGAGAAUGGUCGAUGAACUUCACUACAAUCGAGUAUGUGGUUUAUUUCCUCUCAACUGGCUGCUUACUCAAUUUCCUCCUCUAUAGAGAAAGGAAGAAUACGGACUAUACAAAAGUCUGUACGUUGUUCCAUGCCUUGUUAAGUGUCGAUGCUUUGUCUAAAAUCCACCGUGAUGUAAACAAAACUGCUUUUGGAGAUGGAUUAAUUACUGCUUCCCACAUCGUUGGCGGGAGUCCAGUGGAUAACCUAGAUGAUACGAAAGAUCGAUUUGCAAUUUUGCAAGUUCCGCACAAUAUUGCCGCCCUUCCUAAAGUGCUGGGUGACAUUGAGCUUUACCUCCAGAUGGAUAUGAGGGAAGCUGUCUCCUCCUUAAGGACGUUAAACGUGGCACGUACAGCCCCUAAUUAUUCAUCGAUUCAGUUUUCAGAUUGGUUGACAACAGAAAAUCUAAAAGAACGAGUUUACAUGGCGAAGAAGGAUCUCGCAGGAGUGCAGUUGAAUAGAUCGAGCUAUAAGAUUCAUAGAUUAAUCUUGGACUCAAUAUGCCACAAUAUUCCUAUAAUGUCUCGAAUAGUUGGGCAGGAUUCGCUCUCACUGAUCAACGGUUCGCCAUGCGAACAAUGGGUGACCAAUAUAUUGAUGCUACGCAUUUUGACACAAAACUUCGCUAAGCUGGUAUUCCAGCAACUUGUCGACUUCAACGUUGGAGAAGGAGAAACGAGCCUUGCAUUAAAACUUUCAUGCUUCAUUCUGGUAAACCGUUUGCUCUACCAGGAUGACCUUUACAGGGGCGUGAGUGAUGCAGGACCGUUGGACUCGCGUUCACUUUUGGAGAUCUCUGAAAACGACCUAAAUAUAAACAAUUUGCUACGCAGAGUAAUAAUGGAACAAGCUAGAUCCACAGUUGCUAAUAUUUUCGCAAAAUUGGAGGCUUUUAAGGUAGAAGACUUUGAUUCCUUUGCUGCAAGUGUUAUCGAUAACCUAACCACGUCGAUAAAAGAAAAUCUCCAAUUUUCUAGCACAUGGGACGAUUACUUGCCUAUGGGUGACUUCGGCGUUUUGUUCACUAAUGCCUGCAUCUAUUUCUUCAAGAUCACCAUUCGUAACAAACUGUCUAGGCCACUUGAUGUUUGCAAAGUUAUGCCUUCAGCGCAUAAGCUACGACUCCUGCAACGUGAAAUAGAAACUUCGAGACUGGUUAAAAUUCAUUCGGGCACGCAGUAUGAAGAUUUGUUACAAGUGCUCAAAUUUUCAUUUGCACAUCAAGGGCUGCCAGGGCGCGAACUUUUGUCGGAACAUAGCGACAUAAUGGCAGUUAUAGGACUAGAUGAACUUGAGAAACGUCUAGGAACUCUUAAAGAUGUUGUCACACGUGGCAUGAAAAAUGAAGAUUGGACACAACUUGGUUCACAAAAUCACACACGUGCUGUUGUGGACAUGGCAACCGUUUUCAAUGCCACCGUUAAUGCUACUCUGAGCCUUAACAUACCGUUGUCAAACCUUUUAUUGCCGCUGACAGGUGCAUUGGAAGGCGCAUUGAACCAUUAUUUCUCGUCUGUUGCGGGUUCCAAGGCAUCGGAAUACGUAGAACAAAUCAUGUCAAAACUGGGUCAUGAUACGUUAAUAUCUGUCGAAGAUAUACUGAGCAGGAUGGGUGGGUGUCAUAACAUCGAAUACUUUUUCUUGCGCAUGGGUAACAUGAUCUACCUUGGUAAAUAUCUCAUCGAGUGCCAAGAUAACAUCGUACAGUAUUAUCACAGAAUGCUCACAGAACGAUGUGAAGACAGUGAGGAAGUACAUCGCCAACUAGAAACGGAUAUCUAUCGCGAUUCAAGUAAAUUCUUCACUUUCGGUAUAGAAAGUUUCCAAUCGAUGAAAGAGUUGGCACUUGUGCCCGCUUCGAAGAGGCUAAUUCAACGUCAAUGCGAAUGGCACAUUACCACACUUGCCAGGUUGUGCACACUGGCAACACUGCUUCCGCCAAUGUCCCGGUUAUACCAACCUACGGUUGCACGGGGAAGUCGAGUUACCGAUAUUUUGGGCAAGAUCAAAGAUAUGUGCUCUGAGUUCUCUAAACUCGGCGAGUAUGGUACUACAGCACUUUAUGUUGUUUUCGAGAGCACAUUCCAUUCUCUGAUGUGUGUCAUUCGAACGUCUAGGCACUUGUCAGAAGAAAGCGGCCUAUUGCUGGAAGACAUUGAGACUUUAGCUUCGGCAGCCAUGGAGCACCAGCAGGACAUGUCCAGUCUAGUUGCGUUAGCAAAGAAACUCAUUAAAUAA